AUGGUUGGCCAGCGUAGUCACAGCAUCAUCCUCCCCUCCAGCCCGCUCCUCAACGACGACCCGUCCUUCACAUCCGUUGACGAUCCCCCAUCCCCCAUCUUCCGGAUUCCUUCCCCCAUCAUCCAUCCAGUAGUCAUCCCAUCCAUACCCUGCGACCCCAUACCCUAUAAGAGGCGGACCGAAAGCGACGCCACUAUCAGACCGUCGGUGAAGCAGUUGGAGAGAGAGAAAGAAGAUUGGGAGGAUGUGGACAUGACGCCCAUGGCGGAGAAAGAAACUUUCAUCUUCUUUGACAUUGAGGAAGGGGAAAAGGAAGAGGAAGGGUCGAUUGACAAAUGGCUCUUGUAA